AUGGAUAUAAUUGGGUUCUCUCACUUGACCCCACAGCUUUUUAAGUCGAUAAUGCAAUCUCAAAAGGUUAAUAUUGGUUGGACAAGGAAAAACAUUCGUGAGUAUAUCCGAGUAAUUCAAUGCAAAAAUUGUUUAGAAUUUGGUCACACAAAAAGAUCUUGUACAAGAGAACAAAGAUGUUUCAAAUGUGGUAAAAGAGGACACCUUAACAAAGAAUGCAAUUUUCCGCAAGAAAAAUGUGUCAACUGCAAGCAUGCUAAUAAGCAUUAUCAUUUGAAUUUGGAUAUCAAUCAUAGUAGUGUAAGUAAAAAUAGUGCAAGUAAGCAAAGAGAAAUGGAUCGUUAA